UAAAGUGCAAAGUGCGCGAAAAUUGCGCGUAGAAAAUGAUAUCUUUUGGUGGUCAACAUCCAAAUUUAUAGAAAAUGGAUGCAUUUCUUCUCAAAGCUUACGAUUUAUGUAACAUUGGAGGCUCAAAAGAGGAAAAAGAAUGGCUUCAAAGGCUUGCUAACCAAAUCCAGACRUACAUUUGUAAGGAUUCUUCUAGUCAAAACAAUUUCGAUAUUUCAUUGUCUGUAUUGGAAUGUCUUACUAAUCUUAAAGCAAAGGCAGGAAARACUGACGAGAAKGAAAUCAGUACARCUAAUGAUGCUGCUGAUUAUGGUGGUAGUCAGGMUGAAAGARUUGAUAACGAACCUGAUAAUGACGAUGUUACUGAGKCACACAGCAAUGCAUUAUUUGAAUUACUGUGUGUCGCGGAUUUAAUCAAGAGCAAAGAUAUAAUUGCUGGACAAAUUGCUGUUGCUGGCAAUAACGAAUGCAUACCAAGUAGCUUGGAAGAAUUGAAAGAUUGCAGAACAUUAGUACCAAGAGCCCCGUCAUUCCUUCUUGGAUAUUUAAGAUGUUGUCCAUCUCAAAUUACGUUGAAAGAUACUCCAUUGUGUGGCUCUCUGUUUCUUGAAGACAACUCUGGAUGCUUGCCCAUUGAGGUAUUCAAUCCCGAUCAGUCAUCUUUAGACCAACUUGUCAUUCUUCCAAGCUGGACAUUUGUACCUCCUCCUGACCAUUUGCACCAAAGUUGUCACACUUCAACUUGUCUUGAACAACAUGGAUACAUUGAAGCAAACGAAGGGUGUCUUCCAGUGCUAGCGAAAGUUGAUAAUGCAAAUCUUAGUUCAUUGAUUGCUCCUCCGUGCCUUUCACUUACUGAAUACCAGAACCAUCAAAGUACUGCGAAACAAAAAGUAAAGUUACAUGGCAAAGUUACAGCUGUUAGUCCUGUUCAUAGUAUGUUUGAUGCGUCCAAGCCGUUCUUCUUCGUCCAGUUGACUUGUACACAAAGCUUAAUUUGUACACCAAUUGUUAUCCAGGGAGCCCAUCUCAUUCAUCUGUUCCACUUUUUACAAGUCGACAGUGAAUAUAUUUUCACAGGUUUAAGAGAAACCACAAUGAAUAAGGUAAGAAUAACUUAA